CUCCGGUCCGCGAGCCUUGGGUAUCUCCAGCUUUUUUCCGCCAGAGCUGUUUCCGUUACUCUGCCCCCCAUGCCGUUCCUAGAGCUGCACACGAAUUUCCCCGCCAACCGAGUGCCCGCGGGGCUGGAGAAACGGCUGUGCGCCGUCGCUGCCUCCAUCUUGGGCAAACCUGCAGACCUUGUGAACGUGACGGUACGGCCGGGCCUGGCCAUGGCGCUGAGCGGGUCCACCGAGCCCUGCGCGCAGCUGUCCGUCUCCUCCAUCGGCGUAGUGGGCACCGCCGAGGACAACCGCAGCCACAGUGCCCACUUCUUUGAGUUUCUCACCAAGGAGCUAGCCCUGGGCCAGGACCGGUGCGCAGGGGUAGUAGGCCCGGAAUAUUAUUCUAAAACACAAUCAGAGCACUCCAUUCCUGCUAACAGUUUAAAGCCAAACACCUAGGCAGGCCAUUUAGGCUUCUGAAUGACUGGGUCUUGACCAGGAGAGCUGCUGUCUAGGUUUUCUCCUCCUGACCAGUUCCUCAAGAGAAAUGCAAAACUAGUGAUUAACAGUAAGAGUCGGGCAGGGCGCGGUGGCUCACGCCUGUAAUCCCAGCACUUUGGGAGGCCGAGGCGGGCGGAUUAUGAGGUCAGGAGAUCGAGACCAUCCUGACUAACACGGUGAAACUCCGUCUCUACUAAAAAUACAAAAAACUAGCCGGACAUGGUGGUGGGCGCCUGUAGUCCCCGCUACUCGGGAGGCUGAGGCAGGAGAAUGGCGUGAACCCGGGAGGCGGAGCUUGCAGUGAGCCGAAAUUGCUCUACUGCACACCAGCCUGGGCGACAAAGCGAGACUGUCUCAAAAAAAUAGCAAAAAAACAAGCAAAAGAAAACAAAGCAAAAACAGAGUCGGCCCAGCGCAGUGGCUUAUGCCUGUAAUUCCAGCACUUUGGGAGGCCGAGGCAGGCAGAUCACCUGUGGUUGGGAGUUCGAGACCAGCCUGACCAACAUGGAGAAACCCUGUCUCUACUACAAAUACAAAAUUAGCUGGGCGUGGUGGUGCAUGCCUGUAAUCCCAGCUACUCAGAAGGCUGAGGCAGGAGAAUCACUUUAACCCGGGAGGCAGAGGUUGUGGUGAGCUGAGAUUUCGCCACUGAACUCCAGCCUGGGCAAAAAGAGCAAAACUCCUUCUCAAAAAAAACAAAAAACAAAACACACACACACACAAAAUCCAAAAACCAGUAAGGGUCAUGUCCUGGGAGGCUAACUCAGCUGACUGUUAGGUCACCAUGCUUACGGCCAAGAAAUGUGGGAUGCUGCUGGGCCCUGAGUGGUCAGAUAAACUACUUUCUCUGAUAAUUAGAAGGCUACAGGAAAUGUUUUGUUUUGUUUUGUUUUGGGUUUCUUUGUGUGUUUUUAGAGACAGGAUCUUGUCCUGUUGCCCCAGGCUGGAGUGCUAUGGCUCAAUCAGAGCUCACUGCAGCCUUGAACUCCUGGGCUCAAGCAAUCCUCCCACCUCAGCCUCCCGAGUAGCUAGAACUACAGGCAUGCAUCACCACGCCUGACUAAUUAAAAAAAAAAAAUUUCUUUUGGCUGUGUGUGGUGUCUUGGCACCCGUAAUCCCAGCACUUUGGGAGGUAGAGGCGGGAGCAUCUCUUGAGCACAAGAGUGCAGGGCUAGCCUGGGCAACAUGGCAAGACCCUGUCUCUACAAAAAUAAAAAAGAAAUUAGCUGGGCGUGGUGGGGUGCACCUGUUGUCCCAGCUUCUUAGGAGGCUGAGGUGGGAAUAUUGCUUGAGCCUGGGAUGUCAAGGCUGCAGUGAGCCAUGACUGUGCCACUGCACUCCAGCCUGGGCAACAGAGUGAGACCCCAUCUCUGAAAAAAUAUUUUUUUGGGGAGCCAGGCACAGUGGCUCACGGUAAUCCCAGCACUUUCGGAGGUGGAGGCGCGCAGAUCAGUUGAGGUACAGAGUUUGACACCAGCCUGGACAACACGGUGAAACCCUGUUUCUACUAAAAAUACAAAAAUUAGCCAGGUGUGAUAGUGCGUGCCUAUAAUCCCAGCUUCUGGGGAGACUGAGGCAAGAGAAUCACUUGAACUUGGAAGGCGGAGGUUGCAGUGAGCUGUGAUCAUGCCAUUGCCCUCCAGCCUGGGCAACAGAGCAAGACACUUUGUCAAAAAAAAAAAAAAUUUGUUUUGAACUCCUGGACUCAAGCAAUCCCCCCAACCUGGACCUCCCAAAGUACUAGGAUUAUAAGCAUGAGCUACCACACUCAGCCACAUUUUUUUUUUUUUUUUUUGAGAUGGAGUCUUGCUCGGUUGCCCAGACUGGAGUGCAGUGGCGCGAUCUCAGCUCAUUGCAAGGUCCUCCUCCUGGGUUCAGGCCAUUCUCCUGCCUCAGCCUUCCGAGUAGCUGGGACUACAGGCACCCACCACCACGCCCGGCUAAUUUUUUGUAUUUUUAGUAGAGACGGGGUUUCACCGUGUUAGCCAGGAUGGUCUUGAUCUCCUGACCUCGUGAUUCCCCCUGCCCCGGCCUCCCAAAGUGCUGGGAUUACAGGCAUGAGCCACUGCACCCGGCCUCAGCCACAUUUAUUAAUUUCAGUCUUGGCAAACAUCAGGGGGAAGCUGACC